ACACCGUGUUUUCCUUUGUGUCCUCCUUUGUGCGUGCUUGAUAUCCCUCCCAAAGCCUAAGAUAUUCCUUGCUUGAGCCGUGCUAAUAUAUUCCUUGUGAAUGCAAAGCCAGCCGGCACCCUCGAUCUUCUCUCGCACACAGGGAUAGAGGAAACACAGGACAUGCAUACAUGCGUGUUAUUCCCAUGGCUAGCGAGGAAGAGCUUGUGUGUGAAGGGAUGCGCCACCCUUUUCAAAGCAAAGAGGGAGGAAUCUUUUUUCAUAUCUUUGGGGGCUUGAAUUAUGUGUGGUAUAUGCUGCUUUACUGCUUUACCAUCCCCUCCUUUGAUUAAUCGUGCAGGAAUCAUCCAUUAGAACCCCCAAAAACAAAAGUUGACAAUGCGUGAGCAUCUACGGUGUUUGAAGUUAACAAUUGCUAGAUUUUUAGUGUUAGCGGUUUCGCUGCAUUCUUUCGGUUUUUGUAAUGCGAGUUGCGAGUUGGAGGAGGAGGUGAUGUGAUUCUCAGGUAGGUAUAUCUAGUGAUUAUCCCUGUGUUUUGAGAUCAAGAUUAGGUAAAAGGUAAAUAUUCUCCCAAGACACCUAGUUGGGUUCUCUCUUAGACUUGCAAGGUUCUCUUUGGACUACUUUGAGCUCAUCUUUAAUUUCCUUUGAAUCAAACGCACCCACCUAAGCUUUUCAUUCUCCCAUGGGUGGACAAUGCAAAAGCUAGGAUGCAUGGAUGUUAAUUCUUUCGCUGUAAAAACCUUUGCAAAGUUAACUUACCACAAAAUGAGCAUCCACCGAAAAGAUAUUGCAAAUGCUCGUUGGGACAACUGGACAAGAAGACAGCAUGGCCAUGUAAAAGUUCCAAUUUUUCAAGCAUGCAUGCUUAUGAGAAGAGAUUCACAUCACUAGAACUUUGAAUGACAGAGCUCGAAUUGAUUUGAAUGGAGCUACCAGAAGCACACACAGGUGAUCGUCUGGGAGGGGAGACUACUGACUAGUAGACGAGACUAGAGAGAGAGAGAGAGAGAGAGAGAGAGAGAGAGACGUGCGUACGAAGAAGAGGCCCAACCAAAACCACAUGGCCUCAUCUGUGUGGUCGUUGUGUUGUGCUGGGAGGAGAUAAGUUUUUGAUUCUCUUGCAUGUACAUGAUGCAUGAAACCUCCUGCAUAUGCAGAAGCUUUUGCAUGCAGAUGCCUUUGAUCUUUGCAAGAAGUUACCAUGCCUUUGCUUUAUCCCCCUCCUCCCCCUUGCCCUGCUGCUGCUAGCUAGGAACCUCUUGCAAGAUCACAACAUGGCUUUUCCUUUUUCUCCCCCUCUAAAUCCACCUUUAUUCUCUCCCCUCUCCCAAAACUCACUCUUAAAAGAAGCCGAUUCCCCCUCUGAUCCCUCAUCAAACACACUCUCUCAUCACAUUCACAUUCUCUCUCUACAGCCCUGGUCUUCUCUCUCUCUCUAACACACAGAGCCGCUACUUGAUCAUAUUCAUGUCUGAGAAGUAAUAUACUAGAAGCUUGUAGCAGCUACUGCCAAUAGUGCAAGCAAGCUCCAACACGAACACGUAUACUUGCACUAGUGUCUAGUGAUCCUAGCGGCUGCGCUCGGCAGUAUGGCGUCUUCGCCCUCCGACCUAACCCUAGACUACAAGCCCAACGGCAGCGGCGGCGGCGGCGGCGGCGGCGCGUACGCGGUGAUCCCGAAGCAGCAGGAGCCGCUCGUCGACGGCCACCAUCUGACGACGGAGCAGACGACGCAGAAGCUCCGGGAGUUCCUCGCCCGCCUGGAGGAGGAGCGGCUCAAGAUCGACGCCUUCAAGCGCGAGCUCCCCCUGUGCAUGCAUCUUCUCAAUCACGCCAUGGAGGCGUACAGGCAGCAGCUGGAGGCGUACCGGAUGGGGAGCCUGCAGGGCGCGCCGGCGAGGCCGCUGGUGCUGGAGGAGUUCAUACCGCUCAAGAACAUCGGGAUCGACGCCGCCGCCGACAAGAUGGGGAACCCGCCGUCGGAGAAGGCGAGCUGGAUGGAGUCGGCGCAGCUCUGGAACGGGCCAGGCGCCGCGGCGGCGGCGCCGGAAACCGCUGCCAAGGACCCGCAGAUGCCCAAGGAGAGCUCGGAGCACCCGCUGCCGAUCGACACGCUCGGCGCCCUCGACGCCGCCGCCGCGGGACAGCGCAACGGCGGCGCGUUCCUCCCGUUCGGCAAGGACAAGGCCGCCGCGGACGGCGCGGCGCUGCCGGAGCUCGCCCUCGCGCCCGCGGAGAAAGACGCGGGCGAAGCCGACAGGAAGCCGUACCUUGACGCCGCCGGAGCCAACGGUGGCCUCGGCGCGCGGAGAGACCUCCAGAACGGGGCGAAGCCGCCGCCGAACGCGCCGGACGGGCAGGCGCCGCCGCCCCCUCCGCAGACCCACCGGAAGGCCCGGCGGUGCUGGUCGCCGGAGCUGCACCGCCGGUUCGUCAAUGCCCUCCAGAUCCUCGGCGGCGCCCAAGUGGCGACCCCGAAGCAGAUUCGCGAGCUGAUGAAGGUGGAUGGCUUGACCAAUGAUGAGGUGAAAAGCCAUCUUCAGAAGUACAGGCUGCACACACGGCGGCCGAUGCCGGCGCCGCCGGCGCCCGCGGCCGCGGCGCCGCAGCUGGUGGUGCUCGGCGGCAUCUGGGUCCCGCCGGAGUACGCGACGCAGGCGGCGGGCCAGGCCAUCUACGGCGCGCACCCGGCGACGCAGCCGCACUACACGGCGGCCGUGGCGGCGGCGCAGGAGUACUACCCGCCCCCCGCGGCGGUGCACCACCUGCAGCACCACCCGGCCGCCAUGGUGCACCGCGCGGCCGCGCCACCGCCGGCGCCGCAUGCGGCCGCGUACAAGGCGGCCAUGGCGGGCUCGCCGCCGGAGUCAUCCGAGGGCCGCGGCAGCGCGGGCGGAGGCAGCGUCGGCGGCGGCGGCGGCGGCGGAGGGAGGGAGAGGUCCGAGAGCAUCGAGGAGGAGGACGAGGGCGAGGACCGGGAGGACGACGACGACGACGACGACGUGCCGGCCGCCAAGCCCACCGGCGAGGAAUCCGCCGGCGCCGCGGCGAUCAAGUACUGAUCAACAAAUUAACUAGCGUGCCCUACUCCAUUACUGAAUACUUAGUAGCUAGAUUAAUCACUAUUAGCUCCGGGAUUUCUCUAAAAGUCUGUGCUGUUGCUGCAUCACCGGGAAAAGUGGAUUUUUGUUCGCGCCCGCGCGGGGAACGGACGCCGAUCGAUCUGAACUCGCUCUACUCCACACAACAUGUGAAGUGGGAGUGGAGCGGAGUGUCCGAGAUUGUCUCAUUCGUGAUGUGAUACAUGAGCGGGGGGCUUUUCUUUGCUUUUGGGGGGGCUUGGCACAUGGGUCUCUCUUUGAGUUUUCUGCCUUUGCUUUCCUUCGAGCUGGUAAAUAUAUUUUGUCAUGAAAAUAUGGUCAGCUAAUCUAGUCGGUAAUGUACGCUUGGUUGGGUCUGGAGAUAAUUGGGACAUGUGGAUUAUUGGACUCUAGUAUGUGAUCAUUUGAUUGUUAUGCUUGUACCCUAGUAUUGUGAUGAGCCCAUUGCGGACCUCUGGAUAAUGCAAGCUAAAAUUGCAGUUUUGCAGAUGUACUUUCUGCUGUGAGAA